CCUGCACUCUUCUAAGUCUCAAAAUGCCUAUCGAUGAGACAACUCGUCUUUUACGUCGGUCCUCAGAGCUGGGGACACCGCAAGUAGAAAAUGGCUACAUCCAUAACAAGGCUAGCUCAAACCUAAAGGGCAUAUUUGGAGUCUUGCGGCCAGGAUUCACCAAAAAAUACAAUUUUUGGCUAUUCUCCAUUUUUGGCUUUUUCAUGGCCUUCUUCUGUUUUGCACGUCUCAAGUAUCUCUCUACAUCCGUUCUAGAGGCUGAGCUUACCCCUGGAGAUUGGUUUUGGUUCCAUGAUGGCAUACUACACAUUGGGUUCAUGCUACACCUUGCUACCAUGUUACCGGCUGGCCUCUUGAUGAUUCUGCAAUUCGUACCUCGUAUUCGAUACAAAUUCAUGCUAUUCCAUCGCCUGAAUGGCUAUGUCGUGAUCAUAUUGGCACUUAUCGGAAAUGUGACAGCCAUGAUUAUUGCUCGCCGUGCUUUUGGCGGCGAUAUGGGAUCUCAGACAUGCACCGGCUUUCUAGCCCUUGCCUCAACAGUCGCCAUGGCGUUGGCAUGGUGGAAUAUCCGGUGUCUACAAAUUGAUUUACACCGAGCAUGGAUGCUGCGCGCCAUGUUUUGGAUGGGAUCUAUUGUUAGCACACGCGCGAUCAUGCCACUCAUGUCCAUAGUCCAGACGGCACUAGGCGGCUAUUUCAUUGCUUGGCCUUGUGAUGAAAUUAUAUUUAUUCUAGGAAAUCGUGAAGACUUAGUGAUGUCGCAAUUCCCCCAAUGUCUCAUUCCCAAUGGCACAACGAGUGGCUGGGUUGCUGUGGAGGGUGACUUAGAUUUUUCAAAUCCAGUUGGAUUGGGCGCAAUUUUUAACACUAAUUUCGGAGCUGGGUUGUGGCUUGCCUUAAUCCUUCACAUGAUAGGCGUGGAAAUUUACUUGGCCUUGACACCGAUAGAGAGCGAGAGGCUUCGUAAGGUGAGCUACGAGCGACAACUCGCUGCCGGGUAUGAAAACCCGGGAAAUUGUGGUACUACUGUCUCUAAAUGGGGUGACAUCGGCUCUAAUGCAACUGCUUGAUUAACAUCCAGGGAAAAGAGCGUUGUCUGGCCACCACUGUUUUCUUUUGUUUGUUUUCUUUCCAUCGUGUUUCUAACAAGCAAAAGUAGUUCUAUUUCUCACAUUUCG